UGUUGAAUUGUAUAGGAGUGGCUUGCAAUUGACAAAAAAUUAAAAAUCAUGGAUCUUCAUCCUGUGUUGCUAGCUGGAGGACAGGCCUCUGGUCUAUAUCCACUAAACGAGGCGUAUCCUAAAGCAUUGCUACCAGUAGGAAACAAGCCACUACUCUAUUACCCGCUGAGACUACUGGAGAAAAAUAAUUUUAAAGAGGUGACCGUGAUCGUUAACUCGCGUGAUCUCAAAUCAAUCAAGCAAUCACUCGACGAGUAUCCCAGACUGGCUAGCAGUGAUAUUGAGUUCAACACUUUUGAGGUUCAUGAUUCUGAUGAGACGGGAUCAGCCGUGGCACUAUCAGCACUAAAGGCAUCAGGAAGAAUUAAAUCUGAUCUGUUAGUAUUAAGUUGUGAUGUGUUGUCAACAGUAUCGUUGAUCCAGUUAUGGGAGAAACAUGUAACACUGAGAUCAGCAGUGAGUCUCCUACUAGUGAAACCACUGCCUUCUAAUAAUAGCGAUGAGAGGCAAAAGACAUCAACACCUGCUUUUGGUGGUGCAGGUGAGAAAGAUUUGAUUGGUCUAACAGAAUCAGGUCAAGUUGUUUUCCAUUCGUCAUUGGCUGAUGUAGACGAUGAACUCAAAUUGAGCAAAAAAAUGUUACAAAGGACACCUCAUUUUAAGAUGCACUCCAAUCUGUUGGAUAGUCACGUGUACAUUGUGAGUAGGUGGGUUCUUGAUUAUAUGCAGGAGCACCUCAAGAAUGCUCUCUCUUUUAAAAGAGAAGUAUUACCUCAUCUGUUGAAGAACCAGGACUCAAAAAUUCUAUUACAGUUUUCUGAGAGAUUCCAUGACGAUAUUGACAAGUUGGCCUCGCAAUACUCCUCCUCUCCUGUCCCCUCCCCCACCCAGUGCCACGCCCACACAAUUAGUGGAGCUGAGCUAUGCACUAGAGUCAAUACUGUAUCACUGUAUAUGGAGGCCAAUAGGAUGAUAGGACAGCAUUCGUCAAGUUUCAUGUUGGACUCUGGAACAAGUGGACAAGGAAUAAAGUCAAGUGCAAUCAGUGGUGACUCAGUGGUUGAUGAGAGUACUCAGUUAUCAGAUAAAGUAUCAGUUAAGAGGUCAAUGAUAGGAAGACACUGUGUGAUUGGAGAGAAAGUGAAAGUCAUCAAUUCAGUAAUAAUGGAUCAUGUGGUCAUUGGAGAAAGUUGCACAAUUCAAAACUCAAUUUUAUGCAAUCAAGUCCGACUGGAGGAGAAGGCAACACUCAAAGACUGCACUGUAGGCCCACGCGUUACUAUUAAUAGCAAAGAGUAGCUAUUGCAUCAUUCACUC